ACCAUCUCUCUCUAACCAACAACACUUUUUCUCUCUUCUCAGUCCCUUCAAUGGCGGACUACGACGACGAAAUUGACCACAAUAACCAACCUUUCAUCCCCAAAGAAACUGCUCUACAAGCUCUAAACUCAAUAAUCCAGCUCCACUUCGAGAAAACCUUAGAGAAAAAACGAGCCAUUGACCAUCAGAAGAAGAAGCUCCACAAGCUAUUUCAGCUCUUCUUCAUCUUCCUCGCCGUGAUCUUCUUCUCUCUCUCUCAACCCUCAGGUCGUCUUCACUGUCGCCAUUGCUGGGCACCCAUCUGCCUCCUCUCCUUCUCUCAUCUCUUCUUCUACGUCUCCGUUGCUCAAACUCUCCGAUGCAUCAACGGCUUCAAGUACCAGCGUCGCUGCCACAAGCUCACUCUCGGCCUCGCCACUCAUAAGCUCCGUUUCAUCAAGUCAAGAAUCGCCGCCGGAGAUUUCCUUGGUGGUGGCGACGGUGACGAGGCCUCGGCUGCUGCUUGGGAUCUGGAAGUUCCGUAUCAAGAACCACCAGAUAGCUACUUUGGCAAGUUUAAGAGAAAUUGGGCUCUGUAUUUUGGGUUCUUGAUCCUUCUUUACACUUUCAUGAUCUCUUUCUCUGUCGUUAUCCUCUGUUUCUGAGAUCUCUAUGGUGGCAUUUUCGUAAAUUUCGCAAAACCCAUCAUUCAUUAGUCUUCAGCUUUAGAGUGAUCAAAGUUAGAAUCUUUGAGAUUUUAUUCAAUCUGGGUUGUUCGGAAUUACAAUGAUUUUGU